UGGCUUCCUCCAGAUUUCGUCUCGGUUUGACAAAAAACAGUAGGGGUUAAAUCUUUUAUGUCGGCCAUAUUAUUGAUCUCUUUUUCGUUUUCUUUUCUAAAAGAAGUGGGAGUAUUCACACUGCAAUAGCAUAUAUUAGAAAAUUGGUGGAAAAGAAGGUACAGGGAAAAGAGCUUUUGCUUAUGUUAAUAUGGUUAAGUUAUUUUCUCCUGCAAAACUCAUUGACUUGCCCAAUUAAUCUGUCCACCCUGUAGCAUUUCAUCUGUCUUGCCUUUGAAAGAAGAAUGGCAGAGGCUAUCGUCUCGCUUGCCAUUGAAAGAAUUGCAGAUUUACUCAUUCAUCAUGAAGCCCUUUUCUUGAAUGAUGUGAGACAAGAAGUUGAGAGCCUAAAGGCUGAACUAGAGCGGAUGAAGAGCUUCUUGAAAGAUGUAGACCGUAAGCAGGAACAAGAUGAACGUCUUCGCAAUCGGGUGAGGGAAAUCCGAGAUCUUGCUUAUGAUGCUGAAGAUAUUAUAGACUCUUAUAUUCCUAAAGUUGCACAUCGAGCAGGCUUCCAUGGGUUCAUCAAGAGAUUUACAACCCUUUUCAUCACUCACAAAAUAGGGAAGCAGGUCAAAGAUAUUCAAACCAAGCUUGGGGACAUCUCGGAAACUCUUCCCGCUUAUGGGAUAUCAGUAGAAGGAGAGGGCUCUAAUUCUGCUGCUGAGAUGCAGCGCCGGUUAAGAAGAUCGUACCCACAUGUUGAAGAAGAUGAUGUUGUCAGCUUGGAGGUUAGCACAAGGGAUGUUAUGGAUCAAUUAAUGAAGAAAGAGGACAGAGUCCAUGUUGUUUCCAUAGUGGGCAUGGGGGGCAUAGGUAAGACCACUCUAGCGAAGAAAGUAUAUAACCACAAUGAUGUGAAAAAAUAUUUUGAUUGUUGUGCUUGGGUUUUCAUAUCCCAACAAUGCAAGCCAAGAGAGGUUCUCCAUGGAGUCUUGAUAAAGUUUCUGUCUCCUUCAAUAAAAGACAGAGAGUUAAUCGAUAAACUCAAAGAAGAUGAAUUGGUUGAAAAGCUUUAUGAUGUCUUGAAAGAUAAACGAUAUUUGGUGGUUUUUGAUGAUAUAUGGAGAUGCGAGGAUUGGGAUAGCCUUAAACCUGCUUUUCCCAAAGGAAAUGAGGGAAGCAAGCUCUUAUUCACAACACGCAACAAGGAAGUUGCUAUGAUUGCUGAUCCUCGUAGCUCGCCAAUAGAGCUCCCACUUCUUACAGGCGAUGAAAGUUGGACGCUUUUCAAAAGGAAAGCAUUUUCGGAAAAUAAGAUGGAGUCUCAUGCUUGUUCAAAAGAAUUUGAGAUGUUAGGAAAGGAGAUGUUGAAGAAAUGUGGAGGUUUACCUCUUGCAAUUGUUGUAUUGGGAGGCUUACUUGCAACAAAGAAGUCAUGGAAUGAGUGGGAGAUGGUGCAAAAAAACAUCAAUGCUCACUUGAACAAGGUCCAACAACAAGAGUAUGGUGGAGUUAAUGGGAUUUUGGCUUUAAGCUACAAUGAGUUGCCCUUUCAUUUAAAACCAUGCUUUUUAUAUCUUGGUCAUUAUCCAGAAGAUUCAGAGAUUUCAAAGAAGGAAUUAAUUAGGUUAUGGAUUGCUGAAGGUUUUAUUUCUCCAUCAUUGGAAGGAGGAGAAAUGUUGAUGGAGGAUGUAGCUGAACAAUACCUAGAAGAGCUAAUAAAUAGAUGUUUGGUUCAAGUUAGCAGAAGGGGUCAUAGAGGGACAAGUGUGAAAACAUGUCGUAUUCAUGAUCUCUUAAGAGACUUGUGUGUGUCAGAAGCUCAAGAGGAGAAUUUCUUUCAAGUUAUUCAACCACCGAUGAAUGGAAAUGAGAAUCGUUCUCUUGAUCUAACCGUGGCGACAGUACCCAAGGUGCGUAGGAUUGCUGUCUAUCCUAAUGAAAGGUAUGUUUCCUUGAAGGGAAAAUGUCUAAGCUUACGUUCUCUUUUACUCUUUCAAGAUGAGGGAUUGAUAAGGCUACACAUAUCAAAAUGCAUUAAUUUUAGAUUCCUAAGAGUGUUGAAACUCUUGAGAAAGGACGAUUCUUGGACUCUAUCAAGUGAAAUUGGUAAUCUGUUUCAUUUAAGGUACUUGGGUUUAAAAUGUUAUCAAGUGGUCUUGCCACAUUCUAUUGGCAAGUUGAAGAAUUUACACACCUUAUUUAUCCAAGUGGUCCAGCCAGUGAAAAUUCCUAGUGUCUUAUCCAAGUUGCAACGCUUGAGGCAUCUUGUACUAACCGACAAUUGGAGAAACUGGCCGGUCAAAUGGCCUGAAAUAAAAAGGUGUUGCCAAGGAAAUAGUUUAAAAAAUAUUGAAACUUUGAAGUACAUAAGGAUUAAGAAUUGGACUGAAAACAAUGCAUUGCUCAAGUUGACAAAUAUUCGGAAUUUAGGAAUACAAUUUGAGAGAUCAGAAGACGUUGAGGCCAUCCUAAAAUCUCCUAGUUUUGGAUUACACCGCCUUCGCUCAUUGCACAUGGCGCUACGGGGAUCAAUUCAAUUUCCAGAAUUGGAGCAACUUUCUCAAUGUCAUCACCUCUCCAAACUAUUCUUACGUGGGCAGAUACAAGAAGACCCAAAGUCAAGCCAUCAUGUUCUGGAAUUUCUUCCAACAAACAUUUGCAAGUUAACUUUGGAGGAUUCGCGUAUUAAUGAGGAUCCAAUGCCUGCACUAGAAAAGCUGCCUUCUCUGAGGAUUCUUAGCUUCAAGUUUUCAUCAUAUACGGGGACUAAAAUGUCUUGCUCUGUCAAUGGGUUUCCUCAACUUGAUUCUCUUGAUAUCUAUGGAUCAAAUUUAGCAGAGUGGCAAAUAGAAGAAGGGGCAAUGCCCCGUCUUCGUAGUUUACAUUUGGCUGCUGUUCCUGGCUUGAAGAUGGUUCCAGAAGGGUUGAGGUAUAUCACUACUCUUCAGGAAAUGUUUUUACGAAGGAUGAACAGAUCAUUGGUAGAGAGGAUUCAAGUUAUAGAUGGAAGGGAAGGAGAGGAUUUUUAUAAAGUGCGCCAUGUACUCUCCAUCCAAAUUAGGAGCUAAACUGAAUGACUAAUGUUGGCAACCACAGAAAGCAUCAUCCUUGCCCAAAGCAGUUGUGGUCGGGGCUCCAUUGCCCAUCUUUCAUGGGGUUUGGGCAUUAACUUGUUGCAAGACAGCGCCACUGUAGCUGUCUAAUUGUUAUCUUUAUGAUGUUGUUUUCAUUUAUUUGGCACCGUGACUGAAUUGUAGCAAUCUGUAUUCAGUGUUUUUUGAUUUGAAAUUUGUAGUUGUUGUUCUUGUGUUGUAUGGUUUGAUCUCUGUGUUCAUGUUAUUUGUGUAAUACUCAUUGGUGUCCUAUCAUCUAUGUGAACGAUGGCUUGUUAUUCUUUUAAUUCUCCAAAAGCUCAAAGCUCUGUCCUUGUUCA